AUGCCGUUGCAUGAAACCUGCCCAAAUACGGGAACUCAGAGUUGCUUGUCGCCGCUGCUCCUUGCCGCCGUGCUCCUCCUCUCCGUCGCGCUGCUCUGCUCGGGCCACCCGCCGGGCUGCCCUGUCCUGCUGCCGACGCAGACGGCGGACAACAACCCGCAGCUGCAGCGCGCGUACGUGGCUCUCCAGGCGCUGAAGAAGGCCGUCACCGACGACCCCAAGAACCUGACGGAGGGCUGGUGUGGCCCCUACGUGUGCGCCUACUUCGGCGUGUUCUGCGCGCCGUCACUCGACGAUCCCUGCGCGCGCUCGGUGGCCGGCGUGGACCUCAACCACGGCGACCUCGCCAGCAUGCUCCCGUUUGAGCUCGGCCUCCUCACCGACAUCGCCGUCCUCCACCUCAACUCCAACCGCUUCGCGGGUGGCCUGCCGGACUCCCUCCCCAAGCUGAGCCUCCUCUACGAGCUAGACGUCAGCAACAACCGCCUCUCUGGCGGCUUCCCGCAGCACAUCCUCUGCAUCCCCAACGUCAAGUUCGUGUUCAACAACCUGUGCGGCCCUGUGCCCCCGGCCAUCUUCGACAAGAAGAUCAACGCGCUCUUCAUCAACAACAACCACUUCGACUUCGAGCUCCCGUACAACUUCGGCAACUCCAUUGCCUCCGUCAUCGUCCUCGCCAACGUCCGCCUCCGCGGCUGCAUCCCCUCGAGCAUCGGGCGCAUUGGCGGCACGCUGAACGAGCUCGUCCUGCUCAACUCCGGCAUCAGGUCCUGCAUUCCGCCGGAGAUCGGGGCGCUGCGCAAGCUCACUGUGUUGGACGUCAGCUUCAACCAGCUGCAGGGCCAGCUGCCAGAGUCCAUGGCCGGGCUGCGCUCCCUCGAGCAGCUUGACGUGGCACAUUCCGGAGGGCAUCUGCGCGCGCUGCCGCGGCUCUCCAACUUCACCUACUUGUUCAACUACUUUUGCGGCGAGCCAGAGCGGUGCGCGACGCUCCGGCGCAACGACGACCGGCAGAACUGCAUCGCUGGCAAGCCCGACCAGCGGCCGACGGACCAGUGCAUGGCGUUCCUGCACCGACCACCGGUGCACUGCGACGGGCACGGAUGCUUCGCCCAGCACUACUGAUGCUCGAUCACCGCGGUAAUUGUUAGAGUAUUGCGCGCUUGCAGUGGCUAGAUUGUGGAAUUGAUUUGGUGGUGGUGUAAAAUGGAUGGAUUGACGGAUCGAUCCAACAGGGUGAAUCCGUACAGAGAUUUCAGUCAUAGCAUAUAUAUACACUGUAAUUUUUUUUGGUUAUUUUUCGGGAUUUUACAGAGAGAAUGGUAAUAAUGGAAUUGUAGACAUACCACAUGAUACAAGAUUAUUACCCACUGAUAUUAUUGAUUGGUCUAUUAGUAGCAUAGUAGCAUUUUAUUGGUUCAUACAUUGGUGAAAAGUGGAAUACUGCAAAGUUAGCAACUAGAUUAUUGCUUGGCUUCCUUGGCUUGAAAGGGAGUUAACAUGAAUGAUGAUGCAACCACUUCCAAAUUACAAUAUAUAUUUAAGAAUCUCGAUGGAUAGAUUUGUCCUCUCCAA